AUGGUCGCGUCCACAGCCCGCGUGGGCCGCACGACGAUCCUCGGCUUCGGCUCCUUGCUGAGCGAGCAAUCGGCGCGCCUCACGUUCCCGGAUCUCGACGAGUUCCGGCUCGUCAGGGUGCGCGGCUACCGGCGCGUCUUCGGCCACGCGGCGUCCAUCUUCUUCGAGCGCGGCAUCGCCGACGCGGCGACGAAGGAGUUCAGCUCCCUGAGCGCCGAGCCCUGCGCGGACGCGUCCUUCGUCGCGUGCGCGUUCGAGGUCGACGUCGACGCGGACGCGUGGGCGCGCUUCGAGGCGCGCGAGGAGGAGUUCGCCCUCGCCGACGCGCCCUUCGCGGCGCUCGACGGCGGCGCCGGCGGCGAGGGCGUGCUCUGCACGCGCGGCAGCGACGCGGCCUUCGUCGAGCGCUGGGGCCGGGAGACCUACGAGCGCAAGUACCUCGCGCACGUGCCGAGCAUCUGGGACUGGUCCCGCGACUCGGGCCUGCGGCCCUGCGCGUGCUACCUGCGCCACUGCGUGCUCGCCGUGACGAAGGCGGGGCCCGCGGCGCUGGACAGCUUCCUCGACGACACGUACCUCGUGGACCGCGAGACGACGCUCCGCACGUACCUGGACGCGAACCCGCACGUCAUGGACACGCGCCCGCCCGAGUCGCUCAUCGGCCGCUACUCGGGCUAG